AUGGUAGCUUUGGUCCUUGAGGCUCAUCUCAAAGCGGCAGCUGUCGGACGUCAAGCUGAAAUACGUCCCCACGUAUCGUCUGAAUACGGGUACUCUGCGAACGGCUUGUUCGUCAUCUCAUCCUGCCCUGAUGAUGAUCAUGGAGAGUUCCAGGCCGAGCUCACAGAGAGCAUGACACCUGCCAAAACGACUAGCUCGCACGCAGGAACCCACCUUUCAGAAAGCUCCUUGUCUGGCGGUCUGCCAACUGGUACCGUGACACCACCUAUCCAGAUCAUCCAGAUCUGGUGGUCCGCAACGGUGUUGCCUGGCUCUGGAGUUCGGAGUCCGGCAUAG